AUGGCUACAGACUCGUCCCAAUUUCGAGUUACGCCAUAUCUCAUCUACCUUGUUUUUGUCACUACACUUGGUCCACUCCAGUUUGGUUAUCACUUGUCCGAGCUCAAUGCACCCCAGGCAGUUGUAACUUGUGACAAGAAAAGUAUUCAUUCAUCCAGCAUUCACGGUCUCCCACAAUGUAUCCGCAUGAAUCCCUCCCAGUUCGGCCUUGUUUCGUCAAUUUAUACUCUUGGAGGUCUUUUGGGAGCUCUACUAGCAGGGCCCGUUUCAACCAAGUAUGGACGUCUAUUCGCAUUAAGAGUGACUACCAUCUUCUUCAUCCUGGGACCAGUGGCUGAAACUCUCGCACCAUCCAUACCGAUCCUUCUCCUCGGUCGGGUUCUUUCUGGUAUUGCGUCGGGCGCAGCGAUCGUAGUUGGUCCUAUUUAUGUGUCCGAGAUUGCUCCUCCCCAGUCUCGGGGCUUCUUUGGUGCCUUUACCCAGGUCAUGACCAAUGUUGGUAUUUUGCUGACGCAAAGCCUGGGGUAUUUCUGGAGCCGUGAUAGCCUGUGGCGGUUGAUUCUCGCCGUGGCUGGCUUGAUUGGAGGCCUAGAGCUGUUGGGUUUGUUGAUGGUGCCUGAGAGCCCUGCAUGGCUGAUAGAGCACGGUCGGACAAGCCAAGCUCGGCGUGUAUUACAGCGCAUUCGCGGCCGAGAUGCUGACAUUGAUGCGGAAAUCAAAAGUUGGGGGCAUUCGGAUACUGUAUCUACUCCAAGUGAAGAAGAGUCACUCCUUAACCCAUCUACGGGAGAUCAGCCUCCGAAUAAGCCAUCUGUCACCCUCUGGCAAGCUAUACGGGACCCAGAAUACCGACCGGCGAUCAUAGCCGUCGUCGGAGUGAUGAUUGCCCAGCAGUUCACCGGAGUCAACAGUAUCGUGAUGUACAGUGUAUCUCUGCUACAGAGCAUCAUUCCCAGCGGUGCCGCAUCACUCACUAUACUGAUAUCUGCCAUCAAUCUUGUUAUUACCCUGGCUUGCACGCCUUUACCCGACCGGAUUGGUCGCAAAACCUGUCUAUUGCUGAGCAUCGGCGGCAUGGGCUGUAGCUCGAUUUUACUGGCGGUCAGUAUCUACUUGAAUCAACAAAUAGCCUCCGCCAUUGGGGCACUGCUAUUUGUGGCUAGUUUUGCCAUUGGAUUAGGACCAGUUCCUUUUAUUUUGGCUUCCGAAUUGGUGGGACCUGAGGCAGUUGGUGCGGCCCAGAGUUGCGCGUUGGCAGCCAACUGGACCGCGACAUUUUUUGUAGCUCAAUUUUUCCCCAUUCUCAAUGAAGCUCUCGGUCGUGGGAAAGUGUAUUGGGUAUUUGCAGCAAUGGCGGGACUCCUAGGCGCAUUCAUUUACCGGUGGGUGCCCGAGACCAAAGGAAAAGCCAAUGCGGACGAGGUUUGGGGUCGAGUGGAUCGCCGGCGAGACUGA